UGCAGAUUUGACCACCCCCGCUCCUGGCGAAGUUGUAGCAAUGGCAGCUUCACAAGCAAAAUCUGAUUCUACUGGUGGAAAAGCAUAAGCAGCUGAAUCCACACAGGAACAGCAGCAGUAGGUCCCUCGCUAGAAUGAAGAAGUGAUGAGGCCUCGAAGGAGGUCUGUGGCAAAAGUAUUGCCAUCUGCCAUGGUCUAUUUUGUACUAUGUUUCUGAGCCAUCAUGGUUUAUAAACUACCCAAUCUGCCAUUCUUUAUGCUCUGCGUAUAAGGAGCAAGUGUUGACCGAUUGGAUAACAUGAGACUACUAAACUGUGUUUGGGAGAUGGACUUCCCAGUGGUGUGAGAUCAUCAUCAUGCAUCGAGGAAGAGAGACGAGCGCUUCUCAGCUUCAAAGGAGAUGUUACUGAUCGUUCCGGCAGGCUUUCUUCUUGGGUGGGUCAGGAUUGCUGUCAAUGGAAAGGGAUUUCAUGCAACAACCGUACAGGUCACGUUGUAAAGAUGGACCUCCGGAACCUGAAUUAUGAUGAAGGCUUCUACUGGGAGACUUCUUUGGGGGGUAAGAUUAAUCCUUCUUUGCUUAGCUUUAAGAACUUAUAUUACCUUGAUCUAAGCGGAAACGAUUUUCAAGGACGUCGAAUUCCUAACUUCUUUGGGAAGCUUCAAAGUUUGAGGUAUCUCAAUCUCUCAUAUAAUUCAUUUGUGGGAGAGAUUCCCCCAGCUCUUGGUAACCUCUCAAACUUGAACUAUCUUGACCUCAGUUCUGAUUAUUACAGUUAUGUUUCUUCCAAAAACUUGAAUUGGCUUUCUCAUCUCUCUUCCCUAAAGUACCUCAAUCUUGGAGGUGUGAACCUUAGCAGCACAGGAGUAAGUUGGCUACAUGAUGUCAACAUGCUUCCUUCACUCUUAGAGUUGCAUUUGUCUGUUUGCCAAAUUCAAAACCUUCCACACUACUCCCAGCUUCCGUCAGUGAACUUCACAUCCCUAUUGGUUCUUGAUCUAUCAGGGAAUUCUAUUAAUUCUUCAUUUCCCAGCUGGCUUUUUAAUCUUACCAACCUCAAAAAACUUGAUGUAUCUAGCAACUGGUUCGCGGGUCACUUCCCUGUUGAAAUUGCAAACCUCAAGUCUUUGGAAGACCUUCGUUUAAAUAAUGAUUUUCUCCAAGGUCAAAUUCCCAAAGUCAUUGGUACUUUGUGCAGCCUAAUUAUAUUAGAUCUUUCGUCAAACUCGCUCAAUGGUAGUUUGGAAAAUGUUUUGAAUGGCUUCUCAAACUGUACAAGUCAUAGAUUAGAGUCACUUGAUUUAUCUUACAAUAUUAUGUUGGAAGGUGAAUUGCCCACCGCCUUGGGAAUGCUAGAAAAUCUUAUGGAACUUCAUCUAAGUGGAAACCAAUUUUCUGGUUCAAUUCCUCAAUCUAUCGAUAAUUUAUCAUCCUUGGAAACACUAGACAUCUCUGGUAAUAAUUUGACCGAGUCCAUUCCUGAAAGUUUGGGACAACUUUCUCAGCUAGUUCACCUAGAUCUAUCUCAAAAUUUGUGGGUAGGCAUUAUAACUGAAGCGCAUUUCCGAUCUCUCACAAAGUUGGAGUUCUUUGCAGUCAAUACAGACCUACCUAGGUCCCUCAUUUUUAACGUGGCUCAUGACUGGGUUCCUCCUUUCCAGCUUGAUUCAGUUGACAUUGCCAACUGCAGAGCAGGUCCUGCCUUUGGGGUAUGGCUUCAGUCUCAAACUGAAUUAACGCAUCUCAAUCUUAGUAAUACUGGAAUCUCAGAUUUCAUACCAGAAGAGUGGUUCUUGAAGAUAUCUUUCCAACUCACAUCGCUGGAUUUAUCUAACAACCAAAUUCGUGGAAGGCUUCCAUUUCACAUGAACUUCCCAUCUUUGGAGUAUAUAGAUUUGAGUCAUAAUCAAUUUGAGGGCCCUCUCCCACAUUGGUCUAGUGAUGCUGCCGCCUAUCUCGAUCUUCAAAGCAAUUUAUUUUCCGGGCCAAUUCCCUCAAAUUAUGGUCAACUGUUGCCUAACUUGCUAAAAUUGUAUCUAUCUGACAAUCAUCUGAAUGGUAGUAUACCACCCUCUUUGUGCAACAUGUCAGGUCUAUAUAUCUUUAUGUUAAGAAGUAAUCACUUGUCUGGAGAAUUACCUCCAGCAUGGAGUCUUUGGCGAGAUAUAUGGGUUGUAGAUGUCUCAGACAACAAUUUGUCUGGCAAUAUCCCCAGUUCAAUGGGUGUUCCGAGCUCACUAUACGUAUUGAAUCUGAGGAACAACAAUUUUGGGGGUCAGAUUCCUUCUUCUCUCUUCCAAAACUGCAGCCACUUGCAGAGUAUUGAUCUUGGAGGCAAUAGAUUUACUGGAAGCAUACCUUUACAGACAAGAUCAAUUGUAUCAUCUGAAUUGUAUAUGCUAAGAUUGCGAUCCAACUCUUUAAGCGGACAUAUCCCCAAUCGAUUGUGCUCUCUUCAAUCUCUUCAUAUCAUAGACCUUGGCCACAACAAAUUUUCAGGGACCAUUCCCAAGUGUGUGUAUAAUCUGACUGCUUUGGCCUACGGUAAUGACACUCGUACGUACUUUUUGUUAAAUUAUCUUGAGAAGACCAGCUUGACAUUGAAGGGACAAGAACUCGUAUAUAACACCACUCUGAAUUUGGUGAAUACCAUUGAUCUCUCAUCAAAUAACUUAGAAGGUGUAAUCCCUGAAGAAAUAAGCAGUCUCAUUGCAUUGGGUACCUUGAACUUGUCAAGAAAUCAGUUGAGUGGAAACAUUCCUUCGAAGAUUGGAAACUUGCGAUGGCUGGAAACUCUUGAUCUCUCACAAAAUCACCUCUCCGGGCAGAUUCCUCAAAGUUUCUCUUCAUUAACCUCUUUGUCUCACUUGAACUUGUCUUUCAACAACUUGUCAGGCAGAAUUCCUUCAGGCAACCAACUUCGAACACUCUAUGAUUCAUCCAUUUAUGUUGGCAAUCCAUCCUUGUGUGGGGUUCCUCUUCCAACUGUCUGCCCGGGAGAUGGCGCACUCGCACCAGCUGACCCUGACGAUGGUGAUCAUAAUGAUGAUGAUACUGAUGAGAAUGGGAAGUUUGGUAUCUAUGUUAGCGCUGUCCUCGGCUUCAUCAUAGGCUUUUGGAGUGUUUGUGGCACAUUGGUAAUGAAGAAAUCAUGGAGGUAUGCCUAUUUUCGAUUCUUUGAUAACAUACAGGAGAGGGCAGCAUUAGCAAUUGCAUUGAGAGUGGCUCAUUGGCAAAGGAAGACUUGAUUGGAAAGGAAAAUUAAAGAAUAAAAUGCAUUGAAGGCUGUCAAUAUGGAGCAUUUGUGGCUUUCUAGACUGGGUACGUUGUCUCUCUUUUGGAUUCUCUUUAUUCUUGUAAGCCAUAUACAAAUUUGCCCGCUUUGGUGCCUCAAAUGUUGGUGCAGUCUGGUGGAGAAAUUUACCUUCUCCCUUUCUAGCAGAGUAUGGUAGAUGCUUGUCUUCAAGAAUUAAUUAUCGCUUCUCUUAGUUCAUGUUUUCCUGUAGAUUUAUGUCUAGUAUUUUGAUCUUUUUUAUUGUAUUUCCUUGUACUUAUUAUGUGUUGUUCCUUUGCAAGUUUUGAGUAUGCACGACUUCUUGUUUUGUGUCCUUUGGAAGUGGU